AUGUUUUUCAACCUUUUCAUACUUAUAAGUAGCGAACAAAACAAAUGUGAAGAAUGUGAGCGUGCAUUCAAGAAGAUCAUCCACAAAGGCAAUUUCAACAUCAAAGAUCGCGAAUUUCCGUUUUGCAAAGGAAAUCAAAAAUGUAAUUCUCUUUCAAACACUGUUCAUAAGAAAAUACUUCAACACAUCAGUCCACGCGACUAUUGUUCAUCCAUAAAACUAUGUCGUCCAACGGCUUCUUCUCUUUCUAUGAAACCAAGAAAAUCAGCAAGCGAAAUUUCAUUUCAUGACGCAGAGGAUAACUGUAAAUUCUGCACCGAUUUCUUUGAAUGGUACCUCAAUGAAGGAAUUGAAGAUAGUAUGGUUCCACUCGUCCAGAAAAUGUUCCAAGCGCUUUGCGAUCUUGUGGGCAGUUCAGACACGUUUGAACAUAUGUGUGAAGUCCUCAAGAAAAAGAAUUAUGCUCCUGUAGCAAUCAGGAAUUUCUUUAAUUUGCUUAGAGCCAAGUUCGAUAAUCAGGAAUUAUGUGCAAGAAUGGCGCUUUGUCCAUCGUUAUAA